UGUAAUUUCAUUCUUAUGCUGUGCCCAAUUAAUUUUUUAUUUACAGUAGCAUGCGUAAUUGUCUAGCAGAAAAAAAAUGGCUUGACAUUAAAAGUUUGUAACCCUUUCAUUUAAAAGUUUGCGUCCUUAUUUUACCGGGACCCACCUGCUUUACUUUAGAUGAGAAGCAAAUCUUUCCCAUAAAAUCUGACUCUGUGGCCGGGGCCAUGGGGGGAGAGACCGCUGCCGGGUGUUUGCGAUGGGAGCUAGACAGGGUUCUUUGUGUAGGUGAACGCGAAAAGGUUUUUGACUCCUCGGGCUAAUUUCCUGCUUUUGUGUGGCCGCAGCACGCCUGCGCGCUGCUAGCAGUUGUUGCUGGUAAGAUGAGUAAGGAGCAGGUGGGGGAUGAGGCUGUGUCAUUGAAAUAGCUGGCAGGAGCAAGCGCCAGGCAGUAACGUCUAUGUCAAGGCUGUCUACCUGCAAGGUGUGCAAUCAUGAUGACCAUGAACGGCAAGCAGCAAUUCAGCAUGCACCCAAUUCUCCAGGAGCCCAAGUACCCGGGGUUACACUCUACCACUGAGCACAUGAGGAGAGUUUGCUUGCCAACCCCACCGCUGCAGAGCAAUAUAUUCGGCGGAUUUGAUGAGUCCCUGUUAGCCCGCGCUGAAGCUUUGGCGGCGGUGGAUGUGGUCGCUCACAGCAAGAGUCACCACCACUUCAAGCCGGACAUCACCUACCAUACCAUGAGCAGCGUCCCCUGCAGCUCCACAUCCACCCUCGCCAUCUCUCACCCAUCCUCGCUCUCCUCUCACCAUGUCCACCCGGGCCACCAGAUUUUGGACACCGACCUGCUGGACAUCUCCCCGAGUUUGACAGGUUUGGGUGGUCCAGACCCGACCUCCAUGCUCUCCUCACAAGCCCACUCUCACAACCUCAACGCCAUGGGAAACCUCCAUCAAGCAAUGUCCAUGGGCCAUCCACACUCCUUCGCCACCCACAACGGCAUGCCGUGCCUAAACGACAUGGAAGCGGACCCCAGGGAGCUGGAGGCUUUUGCCGAGAGGUUUAAGCAGAGGAGAAUCAAGCUGGGAGUGACACAGGCUGAUGUUGGCUCUGCCUUGGCCAAUCUGAAGAUCCCCGGGGUGGGUUCCCUCAGCCAGAGUACCAUCUGCAGGUUCGAGUCGUUGACUCUCUCGCACAACAACAUGAUUGCGCUGAAGCCCGUGCUGCAGACCUGGCUGGAAGAGGCGGAGAACGCGUACAGGGAGAAGGCGAACAAGCCGGAGAUGUUCAACUCCAGCGAGAGGAAACGCAAGCGGACCUCCAUCGCAGCCCCGGAGAAACGCUCCCUGGAAGCUUACUUCGCCAUCCAGCCGCGUCCCUCCUCGGAGAAAAUCGCAGCGAUCGCAGAGAAGCUAGACCUGAAGAAAAACGUGGUCAGGGUCUGGUUUUGCAAUCAAAGACAGAAGCAAAAGAGGAUGAAGUAUUCUGCAAAUCACUGACUGCGUGCAGUUGGAUGGCAGGAACAAGCAGGGAUCUUCAGUGUCUUCGCUAAGGACUUAAGCCAUGGACUUUAGAUCAGACUAACUUUCUCACACUUUUAUCACAACAAGCUCAGAGGAAGCCCCCACGCCGGGCUGUAACAAGGCCAUUCUUGGAGCCUUCGAAGGAAGUCCUUCCGUGCAGUCGCUUUGGUGUGAGUGUUCACUGUGGAACAGACACCUGCCUUGACUGGCCGCUGCUCCCCACACGCCUCUGCCCUGGAAUCAAUGUUCUAGAGUCCUUCCGACCACGAGCAAGAUCCAAGAAAAGCUACUGUCAACCCCCCUGUUUCCACAAACAAAAACAAACGGAAAGUCUCAGAGUCAUCGUGGGAUCACGAGGUUCCGGAUGCUUCAGUGAAAUUGAGUUUCAAGCCUUCCGUUUUAUUAGUAUCCUUUAGCUAUUCCGUGCUGAGAUAAUUGCACUGGUAAAUUAAUAUUUAAUGUUAUUUAUUUCCUGAGUUAAUAAAACAAACCAAGAGCUGCGAGAAUAACACAGUGUGUCUGUCACACCGAAUAACCGGGACUGGCCCCUGCACAAGUCCUCUGUGUGAUUUCGCCUUUUAUUUCCACUUCUCCUUUCGCCAUUAAUUUUACAGCCUCGCCUUCUCGUUUAACGAGUUGCUGACAAGCUUGCAUGAAUAUUGCAUAGCGAGACGUCUGCACCCCCCAUCUCUCCGAGGCUCGCUCGGUCGCUUCUCAUUUCAUUACAUGUGAUCUCUCUGCGAACUAAGAUGGACAGUGAAUUGCGGGUUCUGGUCGCCUCGGGCACGUGUUGGUCCGGGGGAUUCCGCAGCCUCUCCACUGUGUCUAUUAGAACGACGCUUGCUCUUCUCACACCGGGUUGCCCGACCUUGUAAAACGGAUUUCCAGAAUCGAGCUGCGGGCGAUUUGUUGAAACGGUUGCAUAGACUGUUACUGAGGAAAGGACAAGAUAUCCGGACAAGGUAUGAAGAAACGGUUGAACAUUGUGCAUUUAAACAUCGGACUCGACUCCCAUCCAGUUUCUAGUUCUCUGCAACUUCAGUGUGUGGAGAUAUGUUUGAUUCAAUGAUGGGUGUGAUUCGGGUCUACUCGGUUUCGACACGGUUGAUAGUUCAACCGAUUGAUCUAUUUGCCACGUUAAUUAAACUACAAUAAAGUUAAGGCGAUCACUAUAAUUCGAAGCCGAGUCGCGUAUAUUAUCAGCAUAAUAUUCAAGUCGCUUUCUGCAUACGCGUAGAUUCGCCUUUAGAGGUAUUCUGGUUGUAUCCUAUGUUCCAAAAAAAGGUCCCACAAAAGUGAAACAAAACACUGGCAGGGCGCCAUCCAUCACUGAAAACCCGCCGGUUACAAUAUCUGACGCCGGAAUCUAAUGGAUAAAAAUAAUGAUAGGGUAAAACUUUAUAUUUUUUAAGAGAAUUGUGUCUGGUCUUUAUUACCUGCAAGCCAGAUUUUCUGCUUCCGCUGGGGUUGGUUUGCAAAUAACCUAUAAAGUAAGGACAGUGGUACACUCAAGGGCGCUGGACUUUAAUUUACCCUUUGAAUCUGGGCCUUUACAAUAAAAACAGAGGCGUGUUUGUUAUUUAGACGAUAUUGUACAUAAAUAAUUUAUUGCAAAUCAUACCGAUAUUAGCAAUAACACUCUCAACUUCCAACACCUUAUUAUAAUCUUUAUUUAUUUUUUCUUGUUUGAGCGUGUGCGGUCUUUAUUCUGAAGAAAAUUUCUUAAAAUAAAAGCUUUAUUAUUUAAAUUACAAAAGAGGUGUUCUUGUUAUUAUUAUCUGUGUUCCUUUCUACGUGGAUUUCAAUGCACUUCUCUGCUCACCAACCUCGUUUAAUUUUAGCCACCCAGCACUCGAAGGACUGUUAUAGAUUACUUAAUUUAAAUAAAGGUAAAGUAAGUAAACAAGGUUUGGUGUGCUCGAGAAACAGGACUACCUAAUGGAGGGAGGACACGUUUCAGUUUCCCGCCAAAGUCAUGUGCCUGCCGCCAAGCUUUCAAGAACAUUAUUUGAACACAAGUUUUGCGUGGAGAGUCAGUCCACUGUUGACAGGCGGUGAUAGGCGACUCGCUUUUUACAGGUAGUUUCAAAGACUGGCAACUCUGAAAUGUUCCCCGGAUUCCUGUUCGCACCUGUACUGCCCCAUACACCAGCCCAAUCCACCCGGCCACUGUUUCUCGAUGAAUAACCAGCAUUGUUACCCCCUGAAGGUUCUCUUUCCUUUUGCCCCUCUGAGGCGCGACAUCAAAGUGACACAACACAAAAUAAAAGUAUAGUUUGCCGUCAUUCGCCUCAAAAACAUGGCGCGAACACUCAAUAACCUUGUGUUACCUUGUGCGAGAUUGCCUUUGAGUCCCCAGUUUGUGUUGGUAGAACGUCAAUGAUUUUCUCUCUCCGACGGUUCUACUGACAUUUAUUUUGCUUGUAUUAAUUUUCCGAGUUCCGUCCUUUUAAGCAUCAGAUUGACCCUCAGUAGAUACUAUGGAGAAUCACAGACAUUGCCAGAAUCUAAAUCCCAAUGUGUUUGAUUGGAACCGAUACCGGGUUCAGGGAAUGAUAAUGCCACCCAGUCUUUGGUAACCUUGGGGCAUGAGAUUCAACCCGCCCAUAAAAUCCAAAAUGUUGAGAAUUCCCUGAAUAAUAACUAGUGAGCCUGUUUUCCUCGUUCAUUAGACAUCAAUUUAUGCCCAAAUGGAACGAGAGAGUCACACAUAUAUUGGCAGAAAGAAAUAGCUAAAACAAAGAGAAAGGCAACCUGGAGUUUGUUGCCCACUACACCCGGUCUCCUGCAUCAGCUGACAGACAAUCUUGCCACUGUACGGGCAAGUGGAAUUGAAACCUCCGUCAUUCUAGUGGCUAAACCCGGUUCCAGAUAUAAUACAUUUUAGGCAACUGAGCUCUGCUGGAGUUGCUGAAGGGUUUCUAUUAACUGCGCAAGUUUCAGCGUCCACAGAUCUCUUGUGUCCAUUUAAAUUAUGCUUCGACUUGGUCCAAUCUUUCUCUCUACAAGGGAUGGACAAUUGCCGUGGAACUUUCAUAAAACAAACAAGGGCGUCUGCAUGCAAUGUCUCUCUGUUGAGUUUCUUCCGAAGGCACCAUUUAUACGAAGAAAGCUUUCUGGGUCUACCAUGUAUCAGUUGGGA